UCCUCGCGCCGCCUCUCGCGGGGGCCGCGGGGGCGGGGCGGGGCGCCGGGCGCGGGUCUCGCGAGAGGUGGCGGCGGCUCCGCCCGCGCCCCCCGCUCCCCCUCCCCAGUGGAGCUAAUAUGGUCGCCGGCGAUGGACCCUGCCAGGCCAGGAAUCCCUUACCAGUCCAUAAUUGAAGCAUUAGGAAACUAUCCGCAAAAGAAGUUCUACAAUGUCUCAAAGCUUGGAGGCACCAAAUAUGAUACUCUGCCUUAUUCCAUACGAGUGUUGUUUGAAUCCAGCGUCCGUAACUGCGAUGGCUUCUUAGUGAAAGAAACAGAUGCUAUGAACAUUUUAGACUGGAAAACAAAGCAGAAUAAUGUUGAAGUGCCCUUCUGUCCUGCCAGAGUUGUUCUUCAAGAUUUUACUGGAAUUCCUGCGAUGGUGGAUUUUGCUGCCAUGAGGGAAGCGGUGAGAAAUGCUGGAGGAGAUCCUGUGAAAGUCAAUCCUGCCUGCCCAACUGAUCUCACUGUUGACCAUUCUCUGCAGAUUGAUUUCAGCAAAUGUGCAAUACAGAAUGCUCCAAAUCCGGGAGGUGGUGAUUCACAGAAGCCAAUGGCAAAGCUGUCUCCACUUAAAGCACAGCCUCGGAAGUUACCCUGCAGGGGUCAAACAGGUUGCAAGGGGCCGUGUAGCGCUGGAGACUCGAGUCGCAACUCAGGACAAUUUUCUGCACAGAUUGAGAACACGCCUAUCCUGUGUCCUUUUCAUCUUCAGCCGGUGCCUGAGCCUGAGACAGUAUUGAAAAAUCAAGAGAUGGAAUUUGGCAGAAAUAGAGAGAGGCUUCAGUUUUUUAAGUGGAGUUCAAAGGUUUUCAAGAAUAUUUCUAUAAUUCCACCUGAAACUGGAAUGGCACACCAAGUUAACUUGGAAUAUUUGUCAAGAGUUGUUUUUGAAGUUAAAGAUUUCCUAUAUCCAGAUAGUGUGGUUGGCACAGAUUCUCAUACAACCAUGGUAAAUGGCUUGGGUAUCUUGGGCUGGGGUGUUGGAGGGAUUGAAACAGAAGCAGUGAUGCUGGGGAUGCCGGUUACUCUCACGCUGCCUGAGGUCGUUGGGUGUGAACUGAACGGCACAGCCAGCCCGCUCGCCACGUCCAUAGACAUCGUUCUCAGCAUUACGAAGCAACUUAGGCAAGCUGAUGUCGCUGGAAAAUUUGUUGAGUUUUUUGGUAGUGGAGUUUCCCAGCUGUCUGUAGCAGACCGAACCACAAUAGCAAAUAUGUGUCCUGAAUAUGGUGCUAUUCUGAGCUUUUUCCCUGUUGAUAAUGUGACAUUGAAGCACUUAAAGCAUACAGGUUUCGACAAGGUCAAGCUUGAGGUCAUGGAAGCAUAUCUUAAAGCUGUGAAGUUAUUUAGAAAUGAUGAAAGUUCUUCCGGAGAACCUGAGUAUUCCCAGAUAGUGCAAAUUAGUCUAAGUUCUAUAAUUCCGUAUGUCAGUGGCCCCAAGAGGUCCCAAGACAGAGUGGCUGUUAAUAACAUGAAAAGUGAUUUCGAAGCCUGCUUAAAUGAAAAGUCUGGUGUUAAAGGGUUUCAGAUUGCAGCUGAGAAACAGAAUGACGUUGUGCCUGUUCAGUAUGAAGGAAAUGAGUACAAGCUAUCUCAUGGCUGUAUUGUCAUUGCUGCAGUAAUCAGCUGUACAAACAACUGUAACCCAUCUGUCAUGCUUGCUGCAGGACUUCUGGCCAAAAAAGCUGUUGAAGCUGGCCUAGCGGUUAAGCCCUACAUAAGAACAAGUUUAUCACCAGGUAGUGGAAUGGUUACACAUUACCUCAGUUCAAGUGGAGUAUUACCAUACCUCAGUAAACUUGGGUUUGAGGUGGUUGGUUAUGGAUGUUCAACCUGUGUUGGAAACACUGCUCCCUUGCCAGAAGCCAUCAGGAAUGCAAUAAAACAGGGUGAUAUCGUUGCCUGUGGAAUAUUGUCUGGAACCAAGAACUUUGAAGGGCGUCUCUGUGACUGUGUCCGUGCCAACUACCUUGCUUCUCCACCGUUAGUAGUUGCGUAUGCUAUAGCAGGCACUGUUAGAAUAGACUUCGAGACUGAGCCUUUAGGUGUUGGCAUUAACGGCAAAAGUAUCUACUUACGAGAUAUUUGGCCAACCCGAAAAGAACUUCAUACAGUGGAGGAAGAGUGUGUAAUAUCAUCCAUGUUUAAAGAAUUGAAAGAAAAAAUGGAGAAAGGAAACAAACGAUGGAAUUUACUGGAAGCACCUGAGUCAACUUUAUUCCCCUGGGAUUUAAAAUCUACUUACAUCAGAUGUCCUUCCUUUUUUGAUAAACUUGCCAAAGAACCAGUUUCACCACACCCAAUCGAAAAUGCCCAUGUCUUGCUCUAUUUGGGAGAUUCUGUAACUACAGAUCACAUAUCCCCUGCUGGAAGCAUUGCAAGGAGCAGUGCUGCUGCUAAGUAUCUGACCAACAAAGGACUCACGCCUCGUGAAUUCAACUCUUAUGGAGCUCGAAGAGGUAAUGAUGCUGUGAUGACAAGAGGUACCUUUGCAAAUAUCAAGCUUCUGAAUAAAUUUAUAGGAAAACCAGCUCCUAAAACAAUUCACUUUCCAUCAGGACAAACGCUAGAUGUGUUUGAAGCAGCGGAGUUGUACCAGAAAGAAGGCAUCCCUGUAAUUAUUUUGGCAGGAAAGAAGUAUGGACUUGGUAGCUCAAGAGACUGGGCUGCAAAAGGGCCUUUUUUACUGGGUGUUAAAGCUGUUCUGGCUGAAAGCUAUGAGAAGGUUCAUAAAAGUCAAUUGAUUGGAAUUGGCAUAGCUCCACUUCAGUUUCUUCCUGGGGAAAAUCCUACUACUUUGGGUCUCACUGGCAGAGAGCAGUUUUCUAUAUUGUUCCCUCAAGAGCUGUCACCAGGAAUGACUUUGGAUGUAAAGACAAGCACUGGAAAAGUAUUCAGCGCGAUUGCCUUGUUUGAAAAUGAUAUGGAGAUAACUUUAUACAAAUAUGGUGGAAGUCUAAACUUUGUGGCUCGAAGAUUCUUAUAGUAGCUACUGACUCUGUGGGUACCUUGCAUAACUGGUGAUUCUGAAAAUGCCUUGUGUGAACCCAGGAAUCUGUACUGUGGAACUGCGAACAGUCCUAGUGUGCUCAAAGUUACUUCGUCCAUGGAUGUAAAAGAUUGUGAAUCCUUGUAACUGCAACAAGAUCCUUCCUGAUUUUAAAUAAUAUUCUAAUGGUGCUAUUAAACAUUGCUAAAAUCAACAUGUGUGUUGUGGCAGAGAGCUGUAAGUAUGGAGGGGAUGUUUUAUCAGACCAUUUUGUAAAUAAAUUAUGCGAAAUUUGAAACUGAUUGUGCUGAAGAUUAUUAUGUAAGAAGAUUUUCUGCAGUUGUUUCCACUUAGUUUUUGCACCUGUAAAUCUGUGUACUGCUGUUUGUUGGUUUAAGGGUAGCAGAUGGUAUGGAAUGUUAAAGGCCAAACUAACAUUUUUUGGCAUCCAGAGCUUAAGAGAUCUUCAGUUUUGAAUUUAUUGUUCUUUAAAUUGUGGGCUGAACGAAAGGGGAUCCAUGUGAGGCCAAUGGUGUCAUGUAUCAUAGACCAUGACUGACUUACCUAUAUUAUGGGGUUAUAUGUUCCAUCUGGGUGCAGAUUUAACACUGCUCACAUUAUGAGAUAUUGUGUGCUAGAAGUAUGAAGUUUUCAUGGGCAACAUCUCUGAAUCUUUUAAAAAAAAAACAAAAAAAAAAACAAAAAAACCUGCAAUAAACUUUUUCAUGCAGAUUAAGUGUGGCUCCCCAGCUUUUUGGCAAGCUAGUGUGCUUCAAUUGAAAAGCUUGCAGCUAAUUUAAGGGGUGCAGUUUGUCCUUUUUAUGACAUCAGCUUUUGCUGAACUGGUUGUAGUAUUGUUAACUGAAGUACUUCCCUUAGUAUUUUAAUCUUAUACAAUCUUUAAAAACGCAUAUUUGAACUGUUUUAAUUCCUCUGCUUUAAAUAUGGCCUGUAUCUACUUUACUUGUAAAAUGUUAAAUAGCUGAGGUAGCCAUAUUGCCUUUUAAUACUUUUUAAUGUGCUGUUAUUUACAGCUCGUCUGCAGAAGUGACAGAUUCCCCUGUUAAGUUCCCAGAAAUCUGAACAAAUCUCGUUCUUAUGCCAUUGCAAUUGCUAUAAAUUCAACUGUCGGCACAUUCACAAGAAAAAACACUAUUUCCUAUUUAAUAUUAAUGGAAGAUGCACAGUUUCUGAAAGAAAAGAGCUGUUUUACAACUUAACUAAACAUUUAUAGCUUCUAAUCUGUUCAAGUGACUCUUGACUGAUAGCUUCAGGUCACUAUUUCUGUGCUGCUAUAACUUGAACAGCUUCAUUUUAAAAUACGGCUUGCGGUUACGUAGAGAUUAAUUUCUUUUGGAGGAGAAAACUGCAAUAACUCACCUAUAAAUUGACAAGAUUUUGCUUUAGUAUUUUUGUUCUUGAUAAGCGUUAACUUAAAUAUCGCAGCUUUCAAGAGGACUCUAUUGUCUUUGCUACAUAUGCUUUAAACUUACACCAGAUACUAAGCAGUUGGUUUGCAAACUAACAUAGCGGAAUACCAUUCAGAUCUUUUAAGUAGUAUGUUUCUGAUGUUUCUUAAAACUGACAUAAGUAUAUUCUAAAAUAUUAAUUUGGGGGACAGUUCAAAUGUCAUAUGAAUUUGAUUUCAUUGGCAUAGCUUUGUGGUUUAUCUUUAAUCUUUACUGGGGGGGGGGAAACCUCCUUAGUUUCAAAUUCUGUAUAAUCUGUUCCUGUAUUUCACUAGUUUUGCUGUGCUUUUCUUUUAGUCAAGAUACAAGCCAUUCCAGUGACUCAUAACACUGAUAUGGGUAAUAAAUUAAUGCAUUUUUUUAGUAUUAUAUUCAACUGAUUGAGUUUCUGUUCUGUGGUACACUUUUGCUUAUUUUUUUGAGUUACUGAUGAGCAGAUUUUUUUCUAGCAUAAGUGUCUAAUACUUUUUCCAGCUUGAAAGUAUAUAUUCUUGACAUAGUUCAAGAAAAUGCAUGUUUGUUAUUGGGGAGCAAAUAGGAUUUCUUAGUGCUGACGCAUUAUGAUGCUUCAUACAGAUGAUAAAUUAAAAUACUGCUACAUGGCUAUUUAAAACUUUUGUGUAACUGCUAACGCUUGAGUGGAACACAGCCUCCCCCCUCUCUCGUGCAAUAACACAUUUGUUGCUUCAGAAGGAGAUAGUGAUCCAAGCCAUGUCAAGGUAAACCAGUAUUGUGAAAUUAAGUGCAAUUUAAAAGGACAUGACUUAUCCACAAGUUAUUGCCAAUAAUUAAAGCUAGUCAGCUCCGUUAAGAGGCGUGACAGUUUCAUUACCAUAGUGACUUUCUGCUGCACUCCUAUGCCUUAAAAUCCAUGAAAGACAGCUCGAAGCGCAGCUGCUGCGUUAAAGCUCGAUUCCUCCUAUUGCGCUGCAGCGGGUCCACCCCUAAGCCUGCGGGAGUGAGCUGGAGCUCCCUGGCUUGCGUAGGCUGGCUCAAACCCGCCAGAUCCCCAAGGCUGAAGGGUGGCGGAUGCUGAGAGAAACAGCACUGCUGAUGUCCCCAUCUCUUGCUUUUCACACGGCAGCGAGCUGCCGAUGAAGCUAACCCUUGCCUGAUGCUCCGUGGGUGACGUGCCUGCCCCUCUCCCCUCGUGCUGCAGCGAGCGCUGCAAGCCCAGCUCAGUAACGCGGUGGUGGCAGAGAGACGCGUAACUUUGAACACACUGCUAGGAUCCUACUAGCUUAAGAUCAAAAAGAGUGAAGUCUGCUUCCCAGCGGUGGCAGGACGCAAAACACUUGGAGGACUGCUGUGAUCACACAACCCGUUGUGCAAUUAGACCUCUUUCUAGUAUCUUAAAGCAUAGGAGGAAGUGCUCCUUUUUGAGAAGUGACUCGGUGUGUUAGAUGUAUUUAACCUAGUAUUCUCUCUCCAGUUUGAUUUGGAGAAGAAUCUAUCCCAAUUUUUCUAAAUGUUUUCUCUCCUUUCACCCCUCCUUCCCCCACCCUACCCCCCCCCCCCCAGGCUACAAAGGUUUGGGGUAGUGUUGAUGUUUAUAAAUUUUACACCUAAGUAUAAGGACAUGAAACAAUGUAUAUUAAUCAUAUUUAAGAAACUGCAAAUCAAUGUCUGCUGUUUAAAGCCAACAAAACAGUGUAAGUUUUAAGUUCAAUAAGUAUUGUAUAGAUAUAUCUUAAGAGUUCAAUUGCUGACAACUGUGCAUAAAAUGUUACUGAUGUUGUAAAUUAUUUUUAAUAAAGAAAAUUGUAUCACA